UUUUUUUUUUCUCUUCAAAAUUAACUAUUAAACGUGAUGAAUAUUACUGAUAAAAGUAAUACAGAUUUAUUAUUUUUAAACUUUAAUCAAGAUUUUAGUUGUAUUUCUGUUGGUACAAAGCGCGGUUAUAGAAUAUAUAACUGUGAUCCUUUUGGAAAAUGUUAUUCAAAAGCUGAAGGAGGUACUGGCAUUGUUGAAAUGUUAUUUUGUACCUCUUUGGUGGCUCUUGUAGGUUCUGGUGAACAACCUAAUUUUUCAACAAGACAUUUACAAAUUAUUAAUACAAAAAGACAAUCAACUAUUUGUGAACUUACUUUUCCUACUUCUAUCCUUGCUGUCAAGAUGAACAGACGUCGACUUAUUGUUGUAUUAGAAGAACAAAUCUUUGUAUAUGAUAUCAGUAAUAUGAAACUAUUACAUACUAUUGAUACCAAUCCAAACCCACAAGCUAUUUGUGCUUUAUCACCUUCUAGUGAAAAUUGUUUUAUUGCUUAUCCUUCCAAAUCUCCAUCUAACUCUCAUUUUACUGGUGGCCAAACAACUCAAUCUUAUUUUCCAACUGGUGAUGUCGAAAUAUUUGAUGCUCUUUCUUUACAACUUAUCAAUAUUGUUCAAGCUCAUAAAAGUCCUGUUAGUUGCAUCACUAUGAAUGCUGAUGGUACUUUAUUGGCUACUGCAAGUGAAAAGGGAACUGUGAUUCGCGUAUAUUCUAUUCCUGAUGCCACUAAAGUCUAUCAAUUCCGACGAGGUUCUUAUCCUGCCAAGAUUUAUUCCAUGUCCUUCAAUUUAGUUAGUUCUUUGCUUUGUGUCUCAAGUGAUACUGAAACAGUACAUAUCUUCAAAUUAGCUUUAGGAGCUGCUCCUGGUUUAAAUGGUAAUAAUGGAUAUAGUCCUACUCCUUUGACAAAUGAACAACAUCAUCAUCAACAACAACAACAAGAACCUGAAGCUAGAGGAAGAAGUGGUAGUGUGGGUCAAAUGUUACGACGUUCUUCUUUACAUUUUGGGCGAAAUAUUGCUGGUAGUGUAGGUUCUUAUUUACCUGAAAUGUUGACUGAAAUGUGGGAACCUGCAAGAGAUUUUGCCUCUCUCAAACUUCCUUCUGGUAGUGGUGUUCGAAGUCUAGUAGCAUUAAGCAGUACUACUCCUCAAGUCAUGGUCAUUACAUCAGAAGGUUAUUUUUAUCAAUAUAAUAUUGAUUUGGAAAAUGGGGGUGAAUGUGUUUUACUCAAACAAAAUACAUUAUUGGAUUCUAGUGAUGAAGCCAACGGUGUUCUUGGUGAUUAGAUUUUCUCUUGUCCCAAUACCUUCUUUUUUUUUUAUGAUUAUUGUUACUUUACUAUUAGUUUUUUUUUUUCUUCUCUAUUAUCACAAUUGUCUUCAUACCCCGUUUUUACCUCACACGACCUUUUCCUUCUAUCCUUUCCUUUUUCAUAUCACUAUAUACUUAUUUGUAUUAGUAUAUAUUAUGCAAAAUUAUUUAUUUUUAUGCUAAGUAAAGAAUUCUGAUUGUCCUGUUGAAGCUUGUUAAAAAUG